AUGGAGGAAGAACGUGUGUGUGACACUCUGCAAGGCGUGGGGGAGGACUACACGGGUACCAGGACCCUGGGCGUGAGCCAAGGCGUCACACAGAGCACGUGGGCGGUGGCCUGCACUGUGCAGGGGAUGCAUGUAACUCGUGAAGUGGAGCUGCCUGACAUUUUCGCUAAACCAGUCCUGGGUGCCCAGGCCCAGAUCCAGGAAGAUUUCGUGGGAAAGGCUGCCACCUUGUGGCCAGACAGCAAGCAUGUACCAGGUUUAGGAGGGUGGGGCUUGGGCAACAGUCCGGGCAGCCCUCUCACCUUCUCGUCCCCACGUUCUCGUCCCUUCCGAGCUUCUGACCGUGCCCGGGACGACCCUGUUCUCGGUGACUGCGAAUGUCAACGAAUGGCUGAAUGGACAGCCAGACUCCAUGUUGCUGAGAUUGAGCCUUUCCGAAAAGCCGUGAGCAGCGUUCGCAUCCUGAGCUGCAUAAAAAUCUCUUUCCCCUACGAUGAACAGGUCCUGCCUCAAGUUCUACUUUUAGAGACUCUGUGCUUGGAGCAAAGAUUUAGAAAUAAUAAAAGCUAA